UGGAACCGAAAGCGCCUGUGAGACCGAACUCAGGGAAAAUUCUGUCCCCCGUCAUGUGACUUUGUCGUAAACAGGAAGCAGCUGAUCUUCACUUUAGCGUCUCCUUCCAGCAAGUAAUGCCUACAACCGUAUUCACAAAACGAAGUCAAAACACCCGUGAGAAGGUGUUUGAACAUAAAUAACUGUUCCACUUUCGAGGAGAAGGGAACAUAUCGGUUAAAGUGUUUAUUUCGCAAGAGGGGCUGCUGCAGACACUGGCUGAAGUCAUCUGACCUGCAGCUCAGAGGAAUUACUCCACAUCGUGUCUGCUGAGGGGGAUGUCAAGCACAGCAAUGAAGAAAAAGGUGCUACUGAUGGGGAAAAGUGGGUCUGGGAAGACCAGCAUGAGAUCAAUCAUCUUCGCUAAUUACAUAGCUCGAGACACACGUCGACUUGGAGCUACAAUUGAUGUGGAACACUCCCAUGUUCGGUUUCUUGGCAAUCUGGUCCUAAACCUUUGGGACUGUGGAGGACAAGACACGUUCAUGGAAAACUACUUUACCAGCCAAAGGGACAACAUUUUCAGAAAUGUUGAGGUUCUUAUUUAUGUGUUCGACGUUGAGAGCCGUGAGCUGGAGAAAGACAUGCACUACUACCAGUCCUGUCUGGAAGCCAUCCUGCAAAACUCCCCCGAUGCCAAAGUCUUCUGUCUGGUGCACAAAAUGGACCUGGUGCAGGAAGACCAGAGAGAUUUGAUCUUUAAGGAGCGUGAGGAGGAUCUGAAGAGACUGUCCAGACCUUUGGCCUGCACAUGUUUCAGGACAUCAAUCUGGGAUGAAACCCUGUACAAGGCCUGGUCCAGCAUCGUGUAUCAGCUCAUCCCAAACGUCCAGCAGCUGGAGACAAACCUGAGGAAUUUUGCACAGAUUAUAGAAGCCGACGAAGUUCUUCUCUUUGAGAGAGCCACCUUCCUGGUGAUCUCACACUAUCAGUGCAAAGAGCAGCGCGACGCUCACAGAUUUGAGAAGAUCAGCAACAUUAUCAAACAGUUCAAACUCAGCUGCAGUAAACUUGCAGCAUCUUUCCAGAGCAUGGAGGUGAGGAACUCCAACUUUGCAGCCUUCAUCGACGUCUUCACCUCCAACACCUACGUCAUGGUCAUCAUGUCGGACCCCUCCAUCCCGUCUGCAGCCACUCUCAUCAAUAUCCGGAAUGCUAGGAAACACUUUGAGAAGUUGGAGCGGGUGGACGGACCCAAGCACAGCCUCCACAUGCGGAUGCGUUAGCGGGUUAGCGCGCUACUCUCAGUCAAUCAGUGCACCCAGCGCAGGCAGCAGCAUGUCGCAGUCCCCCCCGGCCUGUCCGAGUAGAAGAAGCCCCGCUCUGUUUGUACUCCGCCCCCCGCAUUCAAUCACAGCCACCACGGGAGAAAUCACAUUUCUACUCUGAUCAGAAAUAUGAUGCGUUCUGUUGGAAAUAUUUGUCCUAAUUGACACAUUAAAGAGAAAAAUUGAGUUGUGUUUACAAUGGAAGGGACUGCCUUUUGCUGUCGCACUGUGUCGUAUGCUUUGAUUUGGUCAAUCCCAGUGAUCGGGGAUAUGAAACUGAUUUAUUCAUAAGUUGUUACAAAAAUUAGAGCUCUAUUCGGAGGCUAAAUGGUUUUUUCGCCCCAGGUUUUAUUAUGUUAUCAGUUCCGAAAUGGCAUAGUGUGAUUCUCCUCCCGAUCCUCAGAUAUUUUUGCUGCUGCGUGUUUGUUUCUCCUUUUAGGUUUUUGCACCUGUCGUCCUCAUGCCUUGCACCUGUCGGGGGGUGGGGGGGGCGGGGGGGGGGGUAGUCUGCAGUGUUUGGGCACAUGUAGCCGCAUGUUACCAGCAGAGCACAAUCAGUUCAUUUAAACACCACAAACAGCUGCAUGUCAUUUUAAAACAGACUUUAAUUUCCUUUUAAUGGUUGCAUUAGUACUUACAGCCCUUUUAAACAUGGACACCGCCCCCUCGCUGUUUUCUUUAAGAGGUAAUCCCUUGACCAAACACAGACUGUUAUUGAGCGCCGCUCAGCUGUGAUGGGAUCACAGAAGUAUGCCUUCCUUGAUAAAAAACUUUAAGCCUGUUGAGAACAGAAGGUUUAUUAUUUGUAGCGGGGUUAAUUUAAGUUUCAUUCUGCCCUCGUUUUCACCCCGUUUCGCGGAGCAGCUCAAAUGAGAACUGGCAGAAGCUUCAUAAAGAGUUCGAGUCGCUGAGGAUAGAUGCAGACGACAGAUUCUAAAAGUGCUCGAGAUGAAAUCUCAACACUUGGGUGUUAACAAUGCCAUCUCUGUGACAUCCACACAGCUGCUGUCCGCCAAUAAAGAUUACAGCAGACUUUAUAAACCUGCCUUCAAGGGGAAUCUUUGUGGAGAAUAUGGAUUCAUCGUCCUGACAAACAGCACCCGAACACAACAUUAUAUUCUUUCUAAAGUCAAUGCUUUAAAAAAAAAAAGUUUUUUUUAUCUUUGUAUUCAUCAGUGUAUGUAACUCAAUAAGGUUUAGGACAGAAUCCACCAGAUCAAUGGUUUUGCUUGAAGAAAAAAGCUAUUUCUUUCACUCUCAAUCACAUAGAGGGCGUUUCAAAUAUUAUUAUUUUCAACUGUUACGUUUGUACCAUUUUUGUUUGGAAAAAAAUAAAAGGUACACCAUGCAAAAGUUUGUUAGUCAAAAUAGAUCUGACUCGUACGAUGAGCUACCAUGUCAUCAGACCUUAAAUAGCGUUUUAUCUCGGUGGCUUGGUGAUGUCAGAGAAGGCCUUGAGAAACCUGAAAGUGUCCAGAAAAAUGUGGAAAAUGUCCACAGAGAACAGCUCAAAAAGACUUCCAGAAAAACGUUUAAAAGACAAAGAACAUAUUUAAAACAGCUCAGACUUCUAACCGCCACAGUAUAUUUUAUAAUCAACAAACAUUUCAGUGACAGAUAUCCUACAGGUGAAUACAUCUUCCUAUCGAGAAGAUAUCUGUGCCAGGAUCGGUGUAGUGAUUUCUUUGAAUGCUCUCAGGCUUUGUCCAUUGUGUGCCGUGACACCACCUUUCUUUAUGCAGUUGCAAAGUGAGGAGGGAUAUCUGAUGCCCCCCCUGGAGGGGCUGAAGGGGAGGGGCCUUCGGUGGCUCCCGGCUCCUUGUUAUGGGCAGCUCCGUUACAAAGUCAUUGUUCCAGCUCUUAUCAACACUGCUCAUGUGCUUGAAUUGUAUCCUGGAAUGCAGAGGCCGAGCGACUGGAAAAUCCCCAGCCCCCCCUUUCUCCAGAGAGUAAGUCCACCCAAAAAAUGGGAGCCAACGGGGCAAGAGUUAAGUCAUUUCACCAGCCCAUUUCCAAAAAAGGUUGGAAUGGGAAAAGUUUGUAAAACCUUAAAGGAAGGAACUUAAGACUUACAAGGCAUUGCAAAUAAAGUUGACACCAACCUAUAACUGAAAAUGGCACAAGGAAAACAAAAAGCAAAAACUUAUUUAUUUCUACAAGGUGUGAGUUGUCCCACUGAAGCUGAGAUGAGGGACACAGUCCCACCAUUAUUCUGAUAAGUGCCACAUUUCGGACGCUUUUUGACAAGGUGGAAAAUGAGAACACUGCAAAUCCCCUCCUGCCGUCGCUCCGUAGAGCGCUUCUCCCCGGAGAGGCGGUGUGAGCGGAACCCGAGCACAAUAUGUGACAUGGGAAGGGAGCCGAAUCCCUCUGCUGAUGCAAGCAGGGCCCGUGUUUACAGGCAACCCAAAAACCGACAUGCAGCACUUUCCGUUUGCCUCUCGGUUUGAUACGGAUAACUUUGUCUUCCCCGUGUCCUUUUGCAGGAGCUCCUAUAGCUUCUCCAUCCGAAAUACCCACAAAAAGUUUCUUUUGUACAGACACAGAAGCCAGUUUAAUGGUUUUGUUGUCUUUCUUUUUUUCUUGCUCUUUCUGUCUAAAGGAUCUUUCUACUUUCCGCUACUCCCUCUUACAGAUUCGGCAUUAUUGGAUACAUGUAAAAUUUGGUAACAAAAAUAAAUAAGUAAAGCAGUUUUUAGGGUAAACAAGGGGAGCUUCUCACCAAUAAAGCUUCCCUUGGCAAAGCAAAUGUGUUCAGCUUAGUGCAGUUCU